UACAAUGUUCCCUUUACAACAAUGCUAUGAGUUGUCUGAUGAUGAAAUCUUCUCUCUUCUCCAGCAACAACAUAUAAAUCAACAAGAUCCGAGUCAUGCUUCAAUGGAGGGAAGUAAUCUUCCCAAGAAUACGGAAAAGAGCCCUAGAAAAAAGGAAUUAUUAGCUACUCCAGGCGACAAUGAUGGCAAUACCAGUGGUGGUGACAGGAAGAUCAUGCGUAGGGACAUGGAAAGGCAAAGGCGCCAAGAGAUGGCAAAUCUGAAUGCUUCUCUUCGAUCACUACUCCCCAUUGAAUAUAUAAAGGGAAAACGUUCAAUAUCUGAUCACAUGCAUGAAGCUGUGAAUUACAUAAAUGACCUGCAGAUGAAGAUUCAAGAUUUAGGUAACAAGAGAGACGCGUUGAAAAGGCAGUGUAAUAUGAGCGCUUCUCACUUGGAGAGUAGAAGCUCGGAGAUCUGUCCGCCUAACUGUGUUGUGGUCUCCCCAUGUUUGGGUGGUGUGGAGAUUCUGGUCAGUGGUGGAUUCAGAGAGGAAGGGUUACUAUCCAGAGUGAUGGAAUUACUGUUUGAAGAAAGGCUUAGUGUUGUUAGUUGUGUUUCCACCAAAGUAAAUGAAGGGUUGCUUCACACCAUCAAUUGCAAGGUUGCUGAUCCCUCAUGUGUUGAUCUUUCUAUGCUGCAGCAGAAACUGUUGGAUGCUGCGAAUCCAUCUUUCUGAUUCCAAGUAAUAGUGUAUCUGUUACUACUGAUCUGAAGACUGAACUUUGUUGUUAUAUUCAUCUGGAAAAAAAAAAAAAAAGAAGAGAAAAUGGAGAACUUAGCUUUGCGUAUUAUACGACCAAUUACUAUCAUAUAUAUAUGAUGUUUC